AACUUGAAAACAAUUGAACUGGAAUGACAGAUGCGAAUCAUCGCCAACUUGAGCGCCGUAUUAAAUCAAAAAAUAACGCAAAAAACAUGAUUAUUUGACGCAAAUCCGGGCCUUUAGCUUGAUUUCGUUUGGCAGCGCUGUUUUUUGAGUGAUUGGAGGUGUGGCAAUUUUUUGUAUGUAAACAUCGCCAAAAGUGAGGUUAUGUGAGUCAUGGCCCGUUCAGAGACAAUGCCCGUUUUGACUUCGGAACUGGCAAUUGAAAUACUUGGCAAGACUUUGGAAGAGCUGCAAACGCCCCAAAAUGUGAAAAAGCUGGACGAGGCGAAGGACAAUGUGGGCAACGAGAUGCUGAAAAUGAUGCAGUUUUUGUUCCCCAUUGUGAUGCAAGUGCAAAUGGACGUGAUAAAAGAGUUUGGGUUUCCCGGCGGCCGUGACGGCAUAAUAAAAUUCGCCCAAAUGUUGCGCAGUCUGGAGCGCGAGGACGCAGAAGUGGCGCGUUUGAACGCACUCAUUAAGGCCUACUAUCUGCCCCCUGUGUCCGUCAACACCGGGGAGUCCCCGGCGGAGGAGAGGGCCAGCAGUUGACUUGUGAUUUGAAUAAAUUGUGUCGUAAAAAAAAUACGUUUUAUUGUGCGAGUCUAAACGAAAAUUAUUUGGAUACAAAACUUGUAAAAAUAUGUUCCCUAUUUUACUCCUGAGCAAUAUAAACCUACUUUAUUAAGUAUUAAACAAAGCCAAGAAACGAGAUCACUCAAUCCCAUUGUCGCAUAAACCUCUAAAACUGUAACACUUUGGAGCCAAGCAGGUGGGGAAAUCGGACUGAUUUGUACUUGAAUACCUGAAUAUUUGAGGCUUUUUGGUGGUAACUUCUUACUGUCGUGCACUCCUUUCUGUCUCAAUCAAACACUCGCGGACUAAAAUCCGCGCAUGGACGAUGCCCCGUUUGAGCCGUUCGGCCGAACUCCUGCUCCCGGCGUACGUGGGGCGCACCUCGCGCCCCAUCUCUUCAAUCACCCCCAAAAGUUGCGCGUAUUUCGACUGCCCGGGCUGCUGGGGCGUCUUGGGGGCCAUGGGGAUGGCCGUCACGGUCACGUCGCUCAGCUUCGACUCCACGGCUUGGAUGUCCACCGUCUCCAUGCUCAUCUAACACCAAAAA